GCAUGACACAAACUGAAGGAAAUGAUCAUUACGGCAAGGAAAUCUCAGCUGAAAGCGAGCCGGCGUCACACUGCCACUGAACUCCCCAACUAGCACAAUGCCUGAGCCCCCAAAACGACACGGCCGGUCACGCGGGCGAGCCGUUAAACGAGCAAGGGGAGGGAGCGGGUGGUGGCGUACGCCGCCAUGGACUCGCGCUUCUCCUCCGGCUCCGGGGACGUGAGGUCGGGGAGCUCGCUGACGGUGGGGGAGCGGCUCUGCGCCGCCUUCUUGCCAUUCGUUGCCGUCGCCGAGGCCGUCUUCUUCGUCCUCACCGACUGCCUCGCCGACAUCUGCCCUUCGUCGUCCUCCUCCUCGCGCCUGCGCAGAGAACCCUCUGCUUCGUACAUCCUCACGGCCAAGAAGAAGAGCCACCACCUGUUCCGCCGCCGCGUCGGGCCAGGCUGCAUCUCCCUCGACUUCGGCAACCUUGCUCGCCUCGCCGAGGAGUCCCGUUGCUUCUCGGUGAACGAGGUGGAGGCGCUGUUUGAGCUCUACAAGAAGAUCAGCUGCUCCAUUAUCGACGACGGGCUCAUCCACAAGGAAGAACUGCAGCUAGCAUUAUUCAAGACUCCUAGCGGGCAGAAUCUUUUUAUUGAUAGGGUUUUUGAUUUGUUUGAUGAAAAGAAGAAUGGAGUAAUAGAGUUUGAUGAGUUUAUUCAUGCUCUCAGUGUCUUCCAUCCAUGUUCACCUGUGGAGGAUAAGAUUAAUUUUGCAUUUAAGCUGUAUGAUUUGAGGCAAACCGGAUUUAUUGAGCGUGAAGAGGUUAUGCAAAUGGUUAUUGCCAUUUUGAAUGAAUCUGAUAUGAAAUUGUCUGACGAGCUUCUUGAGGCCAUCAUAGAUAAGACGUUUGAAGACGCUGAUACAGAUAGGGAUGGGAAAAUCAGCCAAGAAGAAUGGAAGGAAUUUGUAUUGCGCCACCCUAAUCUGUUAAAGAACAUGACCCUACCCUAUCUAAGGGACAUCACAACAUCUUUUCCUAGUUUUGUCUUCAACACGGCAGUUGAAGACUAAAGAGUGCAAGAUUCGUUCAUGACGGCGACAAGUUGGCAGCAUAUUAUAUCUGUCAGCUGUCUUGUUGAAUAUCGGGUUUCCUGAGAAACAGAAUACUCAUAACCACCUAGUGAAGAAAAUUGCCAUCGGUGACUGUUGAUUGUGUCUGUCAUCAGAGAACUGAAUCGGCGCCGAACCAAGGACCACGACGGCAACUUAGAAAUGAAGCAACGAUCAUGAGCUCAAACUGGUAUUUUCAGAGCUGUACAUACAUCACUCCUUUAGCUCAGAGAAGCUCAGGGUAAACUGUACAUAUAUGCUCGGGCUUGUACAAGGGAAUUCAGACAAGGCACCGGAAGUGCCAGCCAGUUCUGGAAUCAGCAGUUAGUUUGUUCGAGUGCCUUCCCGCCUAACAGACUAUCUUAUGAAUUCUAUACAUUCUAUCAUAUUA